AGGCGGCCGCCGAGGUGCGGGCGCCCCGCCAGCCAUGGGCAGGAAAAAGCCGUUUCGCCGCCCGGAGGGACGCAUCCGGCGCGCGCCCAAGUCCCUGGAGACCUUCGCGGCGGACGCGCAGGCGGCGCUGGCAGCCUGUGUUCAGCAGGAUGGCACUGGAGAAGGGGAUGCUGCAGAGGUGAGAUUCCCAUGUCCUCUUGCCAUGUGGGAGCUGGGACACUGCGAUCCCAAGAAAUGCACGGGGAGGAAAUUGGCUCGCAAAGGCCUGCUCCGAAACCUGCGUCUCAAUCAGAGAUUCCCGGGGCUCAUCCUCAGUCCUAUGGCAACUCAAUAUGUCUCUGCAGCUGACAAAGUCUCUGCUUCCCAGGAUAGAGUCCACUAUCCUGUUGUAGCUCAGAAUGGAGUUGCAGUCAUAGAUUGCUCGUGGGCCAAGUUGGAAGAAACACCAUUUAGUAAAAUGAGGGGAAGCUAUCUCCGACUGUUGCCUUACUUGGUGGCAGCAAAUCCUGUAAACUAUGGCCGGCCGUGCAAGCUGUCCUGCGUGGAAGCUUUAGCUGCUACUUUCUGUAUUGUUGGGUUCUCUGAUCUAGCCACCAUUCUUCUGAGAAAGUUUAAAUGGGGAAAAGUGUUUCUUGAAUUGAACAAAAGUCUCUUGGAGAAAUAUGCGGCCUGCCAUUGCCAGGAGGAGGUGCUGAGAGUUGAAAAGGAAUUUUUAGCAAGUGCACAAGAAAGAGAAACUGAAGAUAUAGAUCCAUUUGAUGUUGACUCAGGAAAAGAAUUUUCAAAUCUUAACAGACCAGUCAUCUCCAUAGGAAUCUGGUGAAGAGGAUGGCUGUGACGGUGCUGGUGGUGAUGAUGAUGAUGGUACAGAAGAUGACAGUGAAAAGCUUGCUGCACAAACAGCCAAUAAACCAGUUAUUUGGAAGGGAGUUAAAACAAGACUAAGAGAUUAAAGAAUUUAUAAAAGUGAGUUUUGAAAAUGUGUGUAAAGAAACCAUGAAUAUAAUAAGGAAAAUUUAAAAA